AUGAGUUUAAUCAAAGAGUGCCUAAAAAAUUCUCGUUCGCAAAUUUCAAAAUUACUGUCCCCUCGACUGACAACAGUGGUGCGCGUCAGUUACCCAGUUGCAAAAGAGCCAGACUAUUACAAAGCCGGAGGUUUCCAUCCUAUUUCCCUAGGCGAUAGUUUCCAAAAUGGCCAAUACACUAUCCUAAGGAAAUUAGGAUAUGGCCAAUAUUCGGCAGUUUGGCUAGCUAGAGAUGCUAAGCAUCAGAAAUACGUAGCACUCAAGGUUCUGAGGGCUGAUUACUAUGGUGGCAGCCAUGACAUCUUUGAAAGAGAAAUCCUCUCGAAAAUUUUGGAAGUUUCGAGGCACAGCUCUCAUCAAGGCCGCAACUACGUGUCUCAUCUACUCGAGCAAUUCACACAUACAGGAUCCAAUGGAGAUCGCGUUUGCUUAGCGUUCGACUACGAAGAUGGAAAGCUACCUCUCCUUCUAGCGUUUGAUUUCCUACACAGAGAGUGUGGCAUCAUUCAUACAGAUUUGAAGCCAACAAACAUACUCCUAGAGCUGAAGAAUCCAAGCAGGACUAUUGCUAACUAUCUGUCAGAAGUUCCUGCACGGACUCUCCCUCAACGUGGUGUCAAUACACCUCUUCGAGAGGUUAUCCCGACCUCGCUAGUAUCUGAAAAAGUCUCCACGUCAGCGUCUUGGAAGGAGCGUCGUUUGUCAGAUUUAAUCCAGUCGCAAGCUAUGAGGGCUCCUGAGGUGACGAUGGGAGCCCCUUGGGAUACUGGCGUAGAUAUAUGGAGCCUAGGGUGCCUUGUUAUGGAGCUUGUGCAAGGAAUAGUUCUUUUCUCUGGAGAUGAAUCAUCAAACGGAACGUGGACGGCUGAAGAUGACCAUCUAGCAAGGAUUAUGGAAGUCCUUGCUAGAAGUCUUCUCCGACUUCCUGACCUCACGACAAACCCUUUCCUGAAGCCUAUCGAUAUGCCCGAAGCUGAAGUUCCCAUCUUUGUUGAUUUCCUUAAGGGUAUGCUCGAAAUCGACCCAGGCUCCCGGAAGCCUGCGGCUGAGCUGCUACAACACGAAUGGGUUUAUCCGUAG